AUGUGGAUAAGCAACUUUUGUAUUAGACCAUCACGUGGUUUGUUUCUGUUUUGGAAACCAAUCAAACAAAAUAGAUACUUUGUUUUAGAGAAAAACUCGGAGAACUACAUCGCAAAGAACAAUCCCACCGUACCACUGUUGACAUACUAUGAAGCUCAAAAGACAGAGAUUAAACAUCCUUUUGAACAACAACAACAGAAACAACAAAAAGAUAAACAACAACCUACACAGCAACAACAACAACAAACUACACCACAACAAUCAAUAUAUUUAUUAACAAAGAUGGAAGAAGAACAGAAAACAGAGAUGACAAGUGGAUUCUUUGGUAAUAUGUUCUCAAAGUUCUGUCAAUUCAGUUGGACUAUGGUGCUGGCCAAAGUCGUUCCAACAAGCUGGACACUCGACCCAAACGAAUCAUUUAGAAUCAACACUGUCAUACAGCCAUUCAACUCCUAUCAAAUAGCAACAUCAAACAGUCCACAAGAGAUACUUGAUCAUUGGAAUCAACUGGAGAAUGAACUGUAUCCAAAACUAAAGAAACUAAACAACACCAACGAAAAGAUUGAUUUACUUCAAACAUUCUUAACAAAGAAACAAGAAAGAGAAGAAAGAGAUAAGAAAAAAUAA